UACAGUAUUACAGCCAUACUUUCCUAAAACCAACAAUUCAAGGACUGAAGAAGUGACAGUAUUCUGGCUGGAAGCUAUGUCUGAAGGUGGCAAGAAAGCGACUCCCAUGGACCAAGCAGCCAAGUCGAGGAUAAUGUCUUCGGAGUACAAGGGGAAUGAUGGGAAGUCCACUGGCUGGUCCAGCAGAGCCCAGAGUGCUGCAGACAGAAACUACCCUCAGCACCACGGAAAAGAUUCCUCAGUUAGCUACACCCCUCUUGUGUGUCUGUUCUUUGGAACCAAUGACUCCACUCUCAAUUCAUAA